CAUUAAAUUUCACUUCCUAACUACCUAAAUAUAAGGGUGUCCAAAGUAAAAUGUUAAGAGUAUUCGACAGCACUAAAAUACACUAUUAUUAACCUGGUUGGACUAUGGUUGGGGGAGGAAUAUUCAAUGCUAGCAAAACCCAAAGAUUGUAAGAAAGUUUAUUUAAUCCUGAAAUAAAUAUGACUUAUAGUAAAGUUAAAAAAGUACUUCCUGAUUAAAACAAACUAAUAACAGAAGAUGAAGUUUAAUACUCUUACGAUCAAUUAGUAAUAACAUCAGGAUUAGAAACUCACUUUUAAGGAGUAAAAGGUAUAAAUAAAUAUAUAUUUUUAAAAAAAAAUAUUAAUAAAAAAAGGUAUGUAAGAAGCCUUAGAUGAUCCUAAUUGCCCAGUAGGUUCUAUUUAUUGGAAAGAUUAUGCCGUGAAAUUUUCAAAGUUAGUAGAAAAUUUCUAAGGAGGUAAUGUGAUUUUCACAGAGCCUUAAUAACCAAUAAAAUGCGGAGGUGCUCCCUAAAAAAUAAUGUACUUAACAGAACAUAGAUUUAGAAAUAAAGGGAUAAGAAAAAGAUGCCAUAUCGAGUUUUAAAAAUGUCCUGCUGUAGUAUUUGGAGUACCUAAAUAUUCAGAAGCCUUAACAAAAUUAAUAGCUGAAAAAGAUAUUACACUAAAAUUAAAGUCAAAACUUAUAGAAAUUAAACCAAAAGAAAGAAUCGCUGUAUUCGAAGAUUAGGAUACUAAAUAAUUAACAGAACGCUAAUUUGAUUUAUUACAUGUAGUACCGCCCUAAAAAGCACCUAACUAUAUCCAAGAAAGUGAUUUAGGAGAUGCUUCAGGCUUUUGUGAUGUCGAUAAGUAUACUUUUAUACAUAAAAAGUAUAAAAAUGUAUGGUCUAUUGGAGACAGUUCUAAUCUGCCCACGUCAAAAACUGCGGCUGCUGUUAUGAGUUAAACUCCAGUCCUUGCCUAGAAUAUUUUACAUAUGUGGAGAGAUAAUUAAAGUGAGAGUAGUUUACCUAGAAAAUAUUAAGGAUAUACGAGUUGUCCUAUUUUUACAGGAGAUUAUAAACUUAUUUUGGCAGAAUUCAAAUAUGAUGCAGUUGUAGAUGAAACAUUUUAUUCAAAUUAGGAUAAACCACAUUAUGCGUUUUAUUUAUUGAAAAAAUACUUCUUCCCUUUUGCUUAUUGGAAUUUUGUACCAAGAGGGAUUUGGUAUGGAAGAUAGGGAAUAUUACCUCAUUUUAGUAAUCAUUUGACAGGAAUAUUUUGAAUAUAAUAUUAAUAAUUUAAUAAAUGCAUUUUC